AUGAAGCUUCUCACUGGCCUGAUUUUCUGCUCCUUGCUCCUGGGAGCCCACGGCUUGCUUUCAUUCCUUCGUGAGGCUGGUCAAGGGGCUUGGGACAUGUGGAGAGCCUACUCUGACAUGAGGGAAGCCAAUUACAUAAAUGCAGAUAAAUACUUCCAUGCUCGGGGGAACUAUGAUGCUGCCCAGCGGGGACCUGGGGGUGAAUGGGCUGCUAAAGUGAUCAGUGAUGCCAGAGAGAACAUUCAGAGACUAACAGGCCAUGGAGCAGAGGAUUCACUGGCUGACCAGGCUGCCAACGAAUGGGGCCGGAGUGGCAAAGACCCCAAUCACUUCAGACCUGCCGGCCUGCCUGAUAAGUACUGA